AGGGAGAUUUCAUUUUGUUUGAGACUGGAUUCAGUUGAAACCAAGCCACAUACCAAAGAAAGGGUAUGAUGGCAAAGAAGCCCCCUAAACCAGCCCCUCGCAGGAUCUUCCAGGAAAGGUUAAAGAUUACUGCUCUACCCUUAUAUUUUGAAGGCUUUUUAUUUGUUAAACGGCCAGAAUACCUGGAGUUUAAACAUUAUUGGACAGAAUUGAGAGGAUCUACACUUUUCUUCUAUACUGACAAAAAAAGUACAAUAUAUGUGGACAAAUUAGAUAUAAUGGAUCUUACAUGCCUCACUGAUCAGAACUCAGCUGAAAAGAAUUGUGCGAGAUUCACCCUUGUUUUACCCAAAGAGGAAGUGCAACUGAAGACAGAGAACACAGAAAGUGGGGAAGAAUGGAAAGGCUUCAUACUUACAGUAACAGAGCUCUCUGUUCCUGAGCAUGUGUCACUCCUACCUGGGCAAGUAAUUAGACUGCAUGAAGUCCUAGAAAGAGAAAAGAAAAGGAGGAUUGAGACAGAGUGGCUACCUAGUAGUACAUAUGUUGAAAAAGAGACAAUUGAAGAUUAUGUGGAUGUACUGAACCCUAUGCCAGCAUGCUUUUAUGCAGUUUCCAGGAAAGAAGCAACUGAGAUGCUUGAGAAGAAUCCCUUACUGGGAAAUAUGAUCCUGAGACCUGGUAGUGACAGUCGAAAUUUCUCCAUCACUAUCCGGCAGGAGACAGACAUGCCAAGAAUCAAGCACUACAAAGUGAUAAGCAUAGGAAAAAACUAUACUAUUGAGCUGGAAAAACCUGUGACACUUCCGAAUCUUUUCAGUGUCAUUGAUUAUUUUGUGAAGGAGACUCGAGGAAAUUUAAGACCUUUUAUAUCUUCACCUGAUGGAAAUUUUGGCCAAGAACCCAAGACAGAAGAUAGAAGAGAGAAGCAGAAGAAAAAUCCACAUAGUGCAUAA